GUUGCAUUCGGAUCUGUCAAUAAAGCAAAGGCUACCGACCAGCGAGCAUCAUAGAUUCAUCGAGUCUUAGUCGCAGAAACUCUGCAGAUUAUUUCAUUUCAUGUUCUUGAAUAAUUCGUCAUCAUACAGUGAUUAUAAAAUAAGUGUAAAAGGCGUAAAAUCAUGAAACUAUAAAUUAGUUAAUUCGCGCAAAAAUUACACGAUCAUAGUAGGUAUAGUGAGGAUCUACAAGAAUAAGUAUUUGGGUGAGAUAAAAUGGAUGCUGCAAAGAGAAUUGCUGAGUUCAAGCGAAGUCGGGGAAGCUCAUUGUCGGAUGCUGAAAAGGCAUUUACUGCAAGGAAUGAAGGGGAGCUCACUGCAGCGGUAGAGACAAAGAUCCACAAUCUAAAUGAUGCAACAAUGAAGUUUGGAAAGACGAUGUCCAUUGUGUUCUCGCUGACUAACGAAGUAGGAGGAUUGGCCAAUGCCCUGAAGAUCUUUCAGGAUCACAAUGUUAAUGUUGUCCACAUUGAAUCCCGCAGACCUAAAAACAAUGACAAUGCAUUUGAGAUUUAUGUGGACAUUGAAACCGACAAUUUUAUUCUGGAAGAAGUUGUGCAGACUUUGAAGACAGAAGUCGCUAGUAUAACACUACAGGAUGGCACCACAUUCAUUCCAAAUCAACAUAAUAAAAAUGGGAAAAUUGUGUCACCAGAGGGGUCAAGAUGGUUUCCAAAGAAGAUCUCUGACCUUGACAUAACAUCGAACCGUGUACUUAUGUAUGGGGCAGAACUUGAUGCGGAUCAUCCAGGUUUCAAAGAUGAAGUGUAUCGCAAAAGAAGAAUUGAAUUUGCAGAGUAUGCUUUUAAAUAUAAAUAUGGGCAGCCUAUUCCAAGGGUAGAAUACACAAAAGAAGAAGUGAAAACAUGGGGCAAUGUGUACAAUGAACUGAUGAAACUUUAUCCAACACACGCCUGCAAACAAUUCCUUGAGAACCUACCUUUACUGCAAAAGCAUUGUGGAUACAGAGAGGACAAUGUGCCCCAACUAGAGGAUGUCUCCAAUUUUCUACAGGAGAGGACAGGUUUCACAUUGAGACCAGUUGCAGGUUAUUUAUCAACUAGAGACUUUCUGUCUGCCCUUGCAUUUAGAGUAUUCCCAUGUACUCAGUACAUACGUCAUCCUGCAGAUCCUUUCUACAGCCCUGAGCCAGAUUGUUGCCAUGAGCUGCUAGGCCAUAUUGCAUUGUUAGCUGACAAGAGUUUCGCUCAGUUCUCUCAGGAGUUAGGAUUGGCUUCCCUUGGAGCACCAGAUGAAGAAGUUUCAAAACUUGCUACAUGCUACUUCUUCACAGUAGAAUUUGGCCUGUGUAGAGAAAACGGUAAGCUGAAGGUCUAUGGGGCAGGAUUGCUUUCUUCGAGUGGAGAGUUGAAGCAUGUCCUAACUGAAAAUGCCCCCAAGAGGAUGUUUGAGCCUACAGUGGCAUGUGCCCAAGAAUGUAUGAUCACUACAUUCCAAGAGGGAUAUUUCUACUCUGACAACUUUGAACAAGCGAAAGAUAAAAUGAGGCAAUUCGCAUCGACUAUCCAGAGACCAUUUUCUGUGAAAUACAAUCCUUAUACACAAAGUAUUGACAUCAUCAGUACCAACAAAGACAUUGCAGGCAUUGUGAAUGAUAUACAAAAUGAACUGGAUUUACUAACUCAUGCCUUGAAUAACAUGCACAUGAUUAGAAAAUAAUGACACAUUCAACAGUAAAACAAAAAACGCUUCAGACUGAACAGGUGUAUCGCUAAUAUAUUAGUGUGUUAACAAAUAAAUGUUUUAUAGUGUCGAGGAGAGUAAAUAGUCCUGAGGCCCAAAUAUUGCCUAGUGUCAAACUCGUUUCCCAGUUUGAUUUUC